AAACACAUGUCCGUCCUCGCCCAGAAGCCCGACCCGGACCGCACACGGCGCAUCUUCCUCUCGAAGGAGACGCCGAAGCAGGUCGCGUGGUUCGUCGCUGCCUUCAUCGCGCUCGUCACCGCCGCGCACCUCGUCGCCCGGCUCCACGCGCGCCUCACCCGGAACCGCCCGCCCGCCCCGCUGGAGAAGGGGAAGUGGAGCUGGCGCCGUGUGCCGCUCGCGCUGCUGAACGUCUACCGGACAGUGGUGUUCCGCUGGACGCUCAACGUUGAAUUUUGGGGGACGUACACCAUCAACGUGGCGGACUUUAUGCUCGCGGGGGUGUACUUCACUGCGCUGUUCUGCUGGACGUUCGUUAACACAACGAACUCGAAGGGGAUGAAAUACGACCCCAAAUACUGGGCGAACCGCUGUGCGCACAUCGCGGCCGCGCAGCUGCCGUUGAUGGCCGCGCUCGGCAUGAAGAACAACCCGAUCGCGUGGCUGACGGGCGUCUCCUUCGACAAGCUCGAGUACCUCCACCGCGCGACCGCUCGCGUGCUGAUCCUCAUGUUCUGGGUGCACGGCAUCGGCCGCGUCAGACUGCCACACGGCUCGUUCGAGGAGGAGUACUGGUUCCGCAUCGGGACAGCGGGGACAUCGGCGCUGACUCUGCUUGCGCUGAUGUCGGUCCGCCCGGCCCGCGUGCGCCACCACGAGGCGUUCAUGUAUGCCCAUGCCGCGCUCGGCGUCCUCGGGCUCGCGGGGUCGUACAUCCACUGCGCCCGCUGGGGCUACCCCGAGCUCGUGUGGCCCGCCAUGUUCGUCUGGGGCCUCGACCGCGUGCUCCGUCUCCUUCGCAUAGGGAUCUUGAACUCGCAGCUUGUGGGGCGUACCCCGCGGAGACUGACGAGUGACGCGCACGUGACAGUGCUCCCGAACCCGGGCUUCCUUCGCGUGCUCGUUGACGCGCCCCCGCUGACGUCAUGGCGCCCCGGGCAGAGCAUGUAUGUCACCCUUGUUGGUGCUUACCCCGGCAGCAUUCUCGAGGCGCACCCCUUCACGAUUGCGAACGUCCCCGGCUGGGACGCCCUGCUCAUCAACAAGGAGAGCGAAGAAAAGACACCAGCGCUGUCAACCAAAAAGCUGCUGUUCAUCAUCCGCGUGCGCACCGGGUUCACCCGUAAGCUGCGCGACUCUGUCCUCGCUGCCCCCAAUCCAAGCCAAGCGACGUUUCCCGCGCUGCUCGACGGCCCCUACAGCGCCCCGCCCGACCUGCGGGGGUAUGACUCUGUUCUCUUCAUUUGCGGCGGCUCCGGAGUGUCUUUUGCGUUGCCUUUACUUCUCGAUCUGAUCCAUGCCGCAACACAGCAAAGAAACCCACGCUGCACACGGGCUAUCCUCGUCUGGGCUGUGCGUGAGACAGCGCAGGUCGACUGGAUCCAGGACACCCUUUCUCGCGCCCUGGAUGCGCUCGGCUCUUCGCCCGACGCGGUGUUGAAUGUGGAGGUCCGGGUGCACGUGACCGCGGCACCGGAAUACACGCAGGACACCGAUACGAAGGACGUCGAGGUGGGGGAGCAUGAGAAGGAGAGCGACGUAUCGGAGAAGAGCUCUACGUCCGACGCCACCCCAGCGCCAGACCAUGAAAAGGCCGAGAAGACCCCCGGAGUGCAGCUUGUCCACGGCCGGCCCGACGUGGACGGCAUUAUAACCAGCGAAAUAGCACGCAUGAAAGGCGGGGCGCUCAGCGUCAAUGUAUGCGGCACCGCCGAGCUCGCGCGGGGCGUGCGCUCAGCCUUGUCCAACCCGAUCAGCAGGUUCAGCGACGUCGUCCGAGGCGGGCCAAGCGUCGUGCUGCAUGUGGAGGGGUUCGGGAACGCGUAA